CUUGAUGGGAGGGGUGAACGAGCUGAGGGCAUAUUGUGGGGAAAUUGUCCUACAUCUCGACCCAUAUUGACGUCGGACGCUUCAGUAAAUAUUUAAACCCCUCCCGGUGUUGAAAAUCCCUUUGAUGCUUACACAGAAUCUCAUAAUAACCCAUUCCCGUUAUCUAUUCUUCACGGUGUUGUAUCUCUGGGAAAAUGUCUCUUCCUCAGACCAUGAAGGCCGUCGUCUUCGAUGGACCCCGCAGCGUCUCCAUCCAAGACCGACCGGUGCCUCAGAUCCAGGAUGAUGAAGAUAUCAUUGUCAAAGUGAGCGCAACUGCUCUCUGUGGCUCCGAAUUACAUGUGUACCGUGGCCAUCAACCCUCCGCGACUGGCUUCAUCAUGGGACAUGAAUUCACGGGAACCGUCGUAGCUGCAGGACCAGGUGUGAAGUCAGUUGCUGUUGGUGACAAGAUUGUAGCGCCAUUUACCGCAUCAUGUGGAAAGUGCUUCUUCUGUCUUAAUGGCGCUACUGCGCGCUGUGAGAAAUCCAUGCUUUUCGGAUCAACCAAACUCGAUGGCGGACAAGCAGAAUAUGUCCGCGUGCCCCUGACCGAUGGCACAGUCUCCAAAGCACCCCCGUCCAUUUCAGACGAGGCGUUAAUUCUCAUGGCCGAUAUCUUCCCCACUGGUUUCUUUGGCGUCAAAUCCGCACUCAGUCUUGCACCUCCCACACUUAAUAUCCAAGAAUCUACUCUAGUAGUGAUUGGAUGUGGCCCCGUUGGCUUGUGUGCAAUUAUCGCUGCGGCAGAGCAGAAACCCAAGCAUCUAUUUGCCAUCGACGGCGUGGAUAGCAGACUUGAGCAGGCAAGACAACUUGGUGCCGAACCUCUCAACUUCCUCAGUGACAAGGCUGGUAUGACGGCGAGAAUCUUGGAAGCAACAGAAGGAAGAGGUGCCGACUUGGUCGUUGAAGUUGUCGGACUGUCGCCAGCAUUGAGGACUGCUUUUGACAUUGUCAGGCCUUUCGGUGUGAUUAGCAGCAUCGGUGUUCACAACGCAGAGAUUCCAUGGUCUGGAAGUGAGGCAUACGGAAAGAACAUCCGCCUGCAAAUGGGUAGAUGCCCUGUUCGGAGCAUCUUUUCCGAAGCUCUUGUUCUGCUUGAGAAGAAGCAGCACCUGCUUGGUUUCAUGUUUGAAAACAUCAUGCCACUCAACGAGGCUGUUCAAGGAUAUACUCUGUUUGAUGAGAUGAAGGUGCAAAAAGUUGUCUUUAAGCCAUAGUUGGGUGGCGCACAGUCUGGCAAUGGUGUGAUGGACAAAAGAUUCAUGUAUUAUGAUCUAUAAGGCGUGUUAUUUGAAUAUAUGUAUUAUAUGCGUGCCAAUAAUGAGAUUCUUUCUGUAUCAGAGAGCGUUAAGCCGAA